UGUAAUGUGAAGAUGUUGGUUAAAAUUCACACAAAUUGGUUUGCCCCAUUUGCGUUCCCAGUCCGACUGGCACACAAGAUUGAGGGUUGUUUUGAGUUGAGUAAGUACGUGUUAUUCACGCGUCCUCCCAUAUCUUCAUCAUUUGAAGUGGAUAACGAUAAAGCAAGAAAAAGAAGAUCAAGUUGGCGUUGUGGUUGUGGUUCGGAGGAAGCUCGUAGGGCCGUUUCAAGUUACCUUGGAGAAUUGGGGGUGUCGGAGGAGGAUUCGGUGUGGAUCUCGUCAAAGUCACCGGAGUACGUGAAGAUGUUGGUGGAAGGUGUGAGGGAUUUGGAGCAGUGGCAAAUUGCGCUUGCUGGGUUGAGCUUCAAGGACAAGAUUCUUCAUAUCGCCGCUCAAAAAGGGGACAAGGGCAAAGUUGCCUACUUAGAGAGUCUGGGCUUUACUCUCUCUUCCUCCAUGAACAUUGCCAGAUAUCUCCCCUCUGACACUCACACUCUUCCAUCUCUCAUGCACAAGGUUACUCGUAUCAAGCAACUCUUGUUCUUUUCUCCCACUCCCGACCAUCACUUGCUUAUCAAAAGCAUUCGCCUCAUGAUGCGCCACCUCUCCAUUUCAAUUGAUGAAGACCUUCAACACACUCUGUCCUUUUUCGAAAAGCUCCAAGCAAAGCCUGGUGGUCUUGGCAUUUUGGCUUACAAGAAUGCCGCUUUCCGUUCCUUAAUCGAAUCAUUUCCUCGUCUACUUCAGUUAUCAGUGGACAACCACUUCACACCCAUACUCCAUUUUCUCCACAAUUUUGGAAUCCCCACAUUUCGCAUCUCAAACAUAAUACUGGCUUUUCCUCCUCUUCUCUUCUGGGAUCUUCAACUCCUUCAAACUAGACUCCUCGUCUUCAAGGAGAUUGACCUGCCUGAUAAAGAUUAUGCUAAGCUGUUGCUAAAAUAUCCUUGGCUUCUAUCUACAAGUAUUCAAGAAAACUAUACGGAGCUCCUUGCCUUUUCAUAUUCUAUCAAGGUUCCAAAGACACAGAUAGACCGUGCAAUUGAAAGCCACCCUCAUCUAUUGAGUUGUUCAACUAGCAAGCUGAAGUCAAUGGUGGAUCAGUUUGCUGAACUAGGAGUUCGAAACAAAAAGUUAAAUCAGGUUAUUGCUAAAAGUCCUCAACUACUAUUGCGGAAGCCCAAAGACUUUCUACAGAUUGUUCUAUUGUUUGAAAAUAUGGGUUUUGAUAAAGAAACCAUCGGAAGAAUACUUGCUCGCUGCCCUGAAAUUUUUGCUGCCAGUAUUAAUAAAACUCUACAAAGGAAGAUUGAGUUCCUUGGUAGAGUUGGUGUUUCUAAAACUUUCCUUCCUGGGGUUAUCAGAAAGUAUCCAGAAUUACUUGUUUCUGACAUUGACAAAACUUUGCUACAAAGGAUAAUGUACUUGAUGAAGUUAGGUCUUUCAGAGAAAGACAUUGCAUAUAUGGUACGUACAUUUUCUCCUCUCCUUGGGUAUAGUAUAGAGGGGGUUCUUAGGCCAAAAAUAGAAUUCCUUGUGAACUCAAUGGAGAGGCCAGUAAGAGAUGUGGUGGAUUACCCUAGGUAUUUUAGCUAUUCACUAGAGAAGAAGAUAAAGCCAAGAUAUUGGGUGUUGAAAGGAAGGGAUAUCAAAUGCAGCUUAAAGGAUAUGCUGGGAAAAAACGAUGAAGAAUUUGCUGCUGAGUUUAUGGGUAUUGGAAGGAUGCUCGUCUAUCCUCCUGUGUCGUCUAAUGAUAGCCAGUAAAUAUAAUAAUAGUGUUGUAUUUUACGGUGUCAUCUCCCUUGUAGAAAUUCAGCUUAUCACCGCAGAUUCUUCCGUCUCUUGUAGUCAUUUUCAAAAAAGUGGGCACCAGAUGAAAUAUUAAUAUAAUUAGUCAAA